AUGUCGACCGCCGCCAGAAAUUCGGAUAAACAGGACAAUUGCGCUGCCUGCAAUAAUCCGGAUACCGAUAACAACUAUGUUCAGUGCGACGCGUGUAAUUCUUGGUGGCACUUCUCGUGCGUUAAUGUGUCUGACUCCGUCAGAGACCGAGCGUGGAUGUGCUCGAACUGUAUGGAAACAGCACCGCAGAAUCCACCCGAACCGAGAUGCAGUUCUUCGAGCAGUUCUGAUGCGAGUAUGCAGCGCAGUCUCGCUCAACUGAAAAAACGCCAGGAUCUCGAACGACAACGGAUGGAACAUGAGCUGCAAGUUAAGUUCCUGAACGAGCAAUUGGCGUUGUUGGACUCGACUAGGAGCCGAGUAAGCAACCGUGAAAGUGGAAGGCUAGUAGCCGAUUGGGUUAACGGUAAUCCGGAGCAAGAAGACGGCGCGGUGGGUGGUCCCUCGAGCCCGCCAGCAGCCGCUCAGCCCGCGGAAGUAAAUAACGCCGAUCCAGUGGAAACGGUACGCAACCAGAGAAAGCAACUUCAAAGCUGCCAGUUGCAAUCGGUUUCUGCUAGUCAACGCAUAGAAUAUCCAACACGUCAGUUGCAGCAGUGCAUAGACCAGCGCGAGCGCGGAAGGGACCAGUCCGAUUGGAGUAUCAGUCCGUUGGCGGUUCAGCGUCGGUACACCCUUCCGAACCCACCUGAUGAUGUUCAGUGUACAGGUAGCCAGCAGAACUCAAAUCUGGGUGCAUACAAAAAAAGGUAUGCAAAUGAUACUAGUGGCGCAGGUAAGAGUAAUGUGCAUGAAAGUGGUUUGUCCAAUAAAAUGUACGGUGGUAAUGUCCCUCAUAAGCCCUCUAUGAUAUCCUACGAUACGAUUCCCAUUCAUAAUAUCAGACAACAGUCCGUCUCUCGCGAUUUUGAGCAAAUUCCUCUCGAUACUCAUCGCCAGCAAUGCAUUCCCUCAACCUACUAUGAUCAGCAGCGUGAUCCUUCAGCACGCUGUGCAAAUCCCAAUGUACAGUCUGCACCGUGUGAAGAGUGGUACCAGCCACAGCAACGACGACGAUGGAAUGCAGACCAGAACGGCCCGUCCCCGCAGCAGCUCGCGGCACGUCAGUCGUUGGCAUGUGACCUUCCCCAGUUUUCAGGUGACCCUGCCGACUGGCCUAUUUUUAUCUCGAACUACGAGUAUACGACGACAUCAUGCGGGUACACGAAUGGGGAGAACAUGCUCCGGCUACAACGGUGCCUCAAAGGACCUGCACUCGAAACAGAGCUCGUCGAAAAGUUGCCGGCCGAUCAGAAGCUGAUGUGGGCCGGGUAUAAACGAAAGUUCGGCGUAGCGGACUUGAAAACAUUUAUGAGGCGAGCUGUGGAAGCAGCUACCCCAGCUCAACAGGCAGAAAGUCACACUCAUCAGUAUAUCGGAUCGAGCGUCCUGUUUAGGAUCGUGCCCGUUACGUUGCAUGGGCAGACUGGUGAAGUAAAUACCUAUGCCUUCCUGGAUGAAGGGUCAUCGCUGACUCUGAUAGAGAACGGAAUUGCAGAACAACUCGGAGUCAAUGGAGCCACCCAGCCACUUUGUUUACGGUGGACGGGUAAUACGUCGAGAAUCGAGGAAAAGUCGAAGAUUGUCUCCUUAACUGUCAGUGGAGCGGGUUCGCAGAAGCGGUUUAAGAUGUCGAACGUUCGCACCGUGUCGAAUCUAAACCUGCCCAGCCAGAGCUUCCAAAUGGAGGAAGCUGCCAAGCAAUUCGACCACUUGAAGCAGCUACCGAUACAGAGCUACCGAAACGCCGUGCCGAAGUUGCUGAUAGGACUUGAUAAUUUACAUCUGGCCGUUCCAUUGAAGUCGAGAGAAGGUACUGGAAACGGACCAAUAGCAGUGAAAACAAGACUCGGGUGGUGCGCGUAUGGAAAGCAACAACCCGGAGUAAACGAUGAGCAUAGUUUCCACAUUUGCGAGUGUACUACAAAUAAAGAACUACAUGAUGCUGUCAAGCAGUUUUACGAAAUCGAAGAAAUAGGAUCGGGGAAUGUCACUCUGCGAUCAAAGGAAGAGCAAUGCGCACUGGAUUUGUUGGCGCAGACGACGGUUCGUGUCGGUCAAAAAUUUGAAACCGGCUUGUUAUGGAAGGAUCCCGACGUGGAGUUGCCGGAUAGCUAUACAAUGGCGCUUCGCAGGCUGGAAUGCCUGGAGAGAAAAAUGUUACGUGAUCCGAGUUUGAAAGCGAACGUUCUCCAACAGAUGCAAGACUUCGUGAAGAAGGUUUAUAUCCAUAAAGCUACAACCGACGAACUAAAGGAAGCUGAUCCUCGACGAAUUUGGUAUCUCCCCAUAGGUGUCGUUACUAAUCCGAAGAAGCCAGGGAAAAUACGCAUUGUUUGGGAUGCUGCAGCCAAGGUGAGUGGAGUUUCGCUGAACAGUGUGUUAAUGAAGGGGCCGGAUCAGCUGGUGCCGCUGUUGGGAGUGCUAUUCCGCUUUCGGCAGUUCAAGGUCGCAGUGUGCUCCGAUGUGAAGGAAAUGUUUUUGCAGAUACGUAUGCGUGCUACCGACAAGCAUGCGCAGCGAAUUCUUUGGCGUACGGAUACAGUGCAUGAUCCGGAAAUCUUCCUGGUCGAUGUUGCUACGUUUGGGUCAACGUGUUCGCCAGCAUCGGCUCAAUUUGUGAAGAACCAGAAUGCGCGAGAGCAUAGCGACCGGUUUCCCAGAGCAGCAGAUGGUAUACUCCAGAGUACGUAUGUAGACGAUUAUCUAGACAGCUUUGGGUCGGAGGAAGAAGCUUGUCGUAUUUCUGAAGAAGUUCGUCAGAUUUUCCGUAACGGUGGGUUUCAAUUGAGGAACUGGAUUUCAAAUAGUGAAAGCGUACUGCAGCACCUUGGUGAGACACAAGCUGCUGUCAGUAAAAGCUUAACGACAACCAGCAAUGAUGCUGAGCGCGUGGUUGGGAUGUUAUGGGAUCCAUUGACGGACGAACUAUCGUUCAGUACUCGAAUGAGCGAUGAAGUUCAUUAUCUCCUGGAAAACGACAAAGUUCCAACGAAGAGGCAAGUGCUACACUGCGUCAUGACCCUGUUUGACCCGUUGGGCUUAUUAGCAACGUUUCUAAUUCACGGGAAGAUCUUAAUACAAGACCUGUGGCGUGCUGGACUCGAAUGGAAUGCAGAAGUCAGCAACAGUCAGUAUGCAGAUUGGAGAAGAUGGACCAAAAUGCUAUCAUAUAUCGCAAAUGUCCGUAUUCCUCGCUGCUAUUUCUCGGAAGCAUCAACGCGUACGUAUGAGGAUACUGAACUCCGCGUCUUCGUAGAUGCUAGCUUGCUUGCCUAUUCCUGUGCACUGUACCUGCGAACAAUCGACGAAAGUAGCUCGCCCCAAUGUGUGCUGAUUGCCGCGAAGGCCAAGGUGGCGCCGCUGAAGCCAAUGACCAUUCCUAAGUUGGAAUUACAAGGAUGCGUACUGGGAGUACGAAUGAUGAAUCGACGAAUGGAGGUGGGUGCCAUCGGAGUUAAACCCAAAGUUGGUCCAAAGUUCUUGAGUCUUCCGGAACGUGAGUGGCCGAGUCCUGCGGAUAUUGUCGUAGACACAGUUGAAGAAGGCCGGCCGUUAGUUCUCUUCCAUGCCAAUUGGAUUCCAGUGAUCGAUUACUACCGGUUCUCUAAAUGGGAAAGGCUGCAACGUAGUAUGGCAUUUGUGCUGCGAUUUAUUUCUAACACGAGAAAGAAAGGAGAAAAAAGCUCUGGGCAACUGACACAACAAGAGCUGUAUGCCGCCGACAUCGUGGUCCUCAUGCAAGUACAGAUGGAAGCCUUCGUGGAUGAGGUGGCGACACUAAGGAAUAAUAAAACAUUACCGGAAGACCAGCAGGAAUCAGUCGAGAGAACAAGCACCAUUUAUCAACUGAUGCCGAUGAUGGAUGAACAGGGAUUGGUGCGGCAGAAUAGUCGACUUGCAGCAGCGAAACAUCUACCCCACAGCGUCCGUUUUCCAGUCAUCUUGCCCAGAAAGCAUCGAUAUACCGAGCUACUUGCUGCGCGUUAUCAUCGCCUUUAUCGUCAUGCGAACUUCGAAACUGUAGUGAACGAAAUUCGUCAACUGUUCGUUGUACCAAGACUUCGAUCCGUAGUGAAAGCUGUUGAACGAAAUUGUCAACUUUGUAAAGUUCGGAAAGCACUUCCGACAGUUCCCCCGAUGGCACCGUUGCCAUUCGCACGAUUAGCUGUACAUGAUCGUGCAUUCAGUUACGUCGGAGUGGACUACUUCGGGCCGCUGCUAGUUAAACAGGGCCGCUCGAACGUAAAAAGGUGGAUAGCGCUAUUCACCUGUCUAACAGUACGCGCCGUACACCUUGAAGUCGCAUACAGCUUGUCCACAUCGUCGUGUAUCUCCUGCAUUCGGCGUUUCGUCUGCCGUCGUGGAGCUCCCAGAGAGUUUUUCAGCGACAAUGCUACAAACUUCCACGGGGCCGAACGGCUGCUCCGGAAACAGAUCAACGAGGGGAUAUCAGCAACAUUCACUAACGCUAAUACAAAGUGGACCUUCAUUCCACCUAGUGCUCCAAACAUGGGCGGUGCCUGGGAGCGGCUGGUCCGCUCAGUAAAGACUGCGAUUGGGGAUGCAUAUGCCGAGGAAAAGCUCAAUGACGAGGAUUUGCAAACUUUGAUCGUAGAGGCAGAGGGCAUUGUAAAUACUAGACCACUUACGUACCUACCACUUGAUUCUGCGGAAUCUGCAUCACUUACUCCUAACCAUUUUUUGAUGGGGAGCUCCAAUGGAGUCAAGCAACCAACCGUGGACACUGAGCCUCAGCAAGCAGCAUCUCUGGAAUCUUGGCAUCAUAUCCAUCGCCAACUCAACCGGUUCUGGCAACGCUGGCUGAAGGAGUUCCUCCCAGUAAUCCGAAAACAAUCUAAAUGGUUUGGUGAGUUUCGACCACUAAAAGACGGAGACCUGGUAUUGAUAGUGGACGAAGGUAAACGAAAUGGAUGGAUGCGAGGGACGGUGAUCGAGGCGAUAAAAGCGUCGGAUGGCCAUGUGCGACAGGCUAUAGUCCAGACCGCUGGAGGAGUCUUUCAUCGACCGGUAUCUAAACUCGCAGUACUCGAUGUUAACGGUAACAGUGAGGUCAUCGGAGCCCGAGGACCACACCCGGGGGAGGAUGUUGCUACAGGGACAUCGAGUGAACCGGCAACACGGUUGUAA